GACGUGAUGGAGAACUGCAAAGUCAUAGAACACAUUGUUCCCUGCUCUCACAUACGAGAAUAUGCAAGGUCGACGGCUAACAGAGAAGACGAUGAUCUCCAUCUUGCUGUGAAGCAGUACAAGCCGCUAUACGAGCCUCAGGAUGGCGACUUGACCAUCAUUGCAUGCCAUGCCAGCGCGUUCCCAAAAGAACUCUAUGAGCCGAUCUGGGAUAAGCUAUUCGCGCAGGCGAUAUCGAAGUCCGCAGGACGGCGAAUCCGCGCGAUAUGGAUAGCAGAUGUUGCCAAUCAGAAUAAGAGCGGAGUCUUGAACGAAGGGAAGCUCGGCAAUGAACCUUCAUGGUACGAUCAUGCUCGAGAUUACUUGCAUCUUGUCAACUAUUUUCGCAAAGAGAUGAUCCGUCCGCUUGCAGGAUUCGGCCAUAGUAUGGGCGGCAAUGUCAUCGUCAACCUGGCGCUACUACACCCACGACUGCUUUCCACGAUUGUUGCGAUUGAACCUAUCAUCAAGAAGGGCACUGCGGACAUGGACUUCAUUGGCACCUAUUUCUUAACGUUGAAGAAAGACAAGUGGCCCUCACGAGAUGCAGCUAUGUCUUCAAUACUCAAGAGCCCAUUUUAUGCACACUGGGACAAAAGAGUGUCCGGCAUCUUUCGACGAGAAGGUCUGCGAGAACUCCCAACAGCCGUGUAUCCAGACGACCCCUCUGAAUCGAAGGACACCGUAACGUUAACUACUACAAAGCAUCAAGAAGCAUUGUCAUUUGCACGGAAAUCAUUCCCAGAUUCGCGCGACCAACCUCUAUCCGAAUUCACACCAAACCGAGUUGCUCACCCUGACCUGGGUGACGAGAGGAAUCGUGGAAACGCUUUUUACAGGCCCGAGAACACGAUGACGUUCGAAAAACUCCCAUACCUCCGUCCGGCAUGUCUCUACAUUUACGGCAGUAAAUCACAUUUCAAGAGCUCUCACGCGAAAGGCAGGAAAGAGAAGACCGAGGCGACAGGAACAGCAACAGGAGGCAGUGGAGGCGCUGCUGAAGGCAAGGUGAAAGAGUUGGUAACGAAUGGCUCUCACUUUGUUCCAUUCGAGCGUCCAGACGCGAUAGCCGAGUUGGCGGGUCAGUGGUUCGAUCAGCAGCAGGAAGAGUGGCAUGCUCUUGAGGCGGCUGAGCGCAAGUAUUGGGAAGGAGUGCCACAACAACAGAAGGCGAUGAUGGAUGGAGAUUGGAUGCAUUGGGUGAACAAGAUCUGGGGCAAGCAGGUUUCUGCAGCAGGAAAGAAACGU